GGGAUUAGCAUGAGAAUGGUGUGUGAGUGCUGGAAGGUGUUCUGUCACUCUGCAGCUCGCUCUCUCUCUCUCAGCUUCUCUCCUCUGAACACUCGACUCCUCUCUUCUCCUCUUUCACCUUCAUCUUCAUCUUUAUCCUUCCUCUUCCCGUUCAGGAACAACAUGGAGAAUAACUACACCUUCCUGUACUUUGCUUAUGGCAGUAACCUGCUGAAGGAGCGCCUUCAGCUGAAGAACCCGUCUGCCACGGUUCACUGUGUGGCCCGGCUCAAGGAAUAUAAACUGGUGUUUGGGAACUAUAAAGGCCUGGCAAGUGACCGGUGGCACGGCGGGGUGGCCACCAUCGAGAAGAGCCCCGGAGACGAGGUGUGGGGGGUGGUGUGGAGGAUGAACAUGACAGACCUCGAGUCCCUGGACAGUCAGGAGAAUGUGACAUUGGGUGCGUACAGUCCAGUGGAGCUCCCAGUGAAGAUUAAAGGACGGGAGCUCAGCUGUCGGACCUACAUCAUGAACAGCUGUGUGUACGCUCCUCCAUCACCUCAGUACCUGCGGGUGAUAGUGAUGGGCGCAGAGCAGAACGGCCUGCCCAAGGACUACCAGGAGAAGCUGAGAGCCAUCAAGACCAACAUGUAUGAAGGUCCUCUGCCCAUGAUGAAUGAACUGGAUCGAAUCAGGAGAGCCAAAGAGAAGGACCUCCAAGGCUGUGAUGAUGGCCGGGUCCAGGUCCACUUUCUCCUGUAGAAAAAGUCCUUAAAGCGCUGUGAGGAACCUUAAACUGUAGAUUAUGACGGAAUCAGGAAGUAGUAAUUUCUCACCACAUUAUUUAAAAUAUUUUAACCCUUAGUGUCUUUAGGCCCUGACAGAAAUUAAUAACUUAUGUUCUCUGAAAAAGAAACAGAGAAAAUCUGCCAUCUGUAGCAGUUGUAAUGUAGUUGUCAUGUAAAAACUUCGACCAAUGUCUGCCAAGAGGUACCAAUCUGAUGAACCAAUCACAGCCUUCCUGUCUCCCUGCUCGUUCUCUACCCCUUGCGUGAACUAGCCCACACAAGAGUAGAGUUUAUACUGCGAGUUUACUUACCCCUGAAUGAGACGACGGUGUUUCUACACAAUGCAAGCGAUGAGCUGAGGUCCCCUUCUGGUGCGACGGCGCUCGUGCAUGUUAGUGAGGGGCCGUGGCUUUUGAGGGAGCACAGAGGGGAGGGGGUGUAGACGGAGCACUGAGGGGAUGCUACUUUCAAAAUCAUGCUAGUUUUUUCGAAAAUUUCCCAACCCUGCUUUUAAAUGAAAGUAGACUAUUUACCCAAACAUCACAUAACUUAAGCUAAGGUAUACGUUCAGAAGGGUAUAUAUAUAUAUAUAUAUAUAUAUAUCAUAAUUGUUGGUCAUAAUUGUUUCCUGAAUAGAGGAGUUAUUAAGUAAAGGAUUACUUUAAUGUGGCACAAAAUCAGAGGCUAUGUCGUUUUGGAUGAAUCACUGAAGACACAAAUAUGAUCAGGUUAUGCUCACCGAAGUGUAAUAUUUGUGAUUCUAUCGAACAUCUUCAACAAAACUGUCAUUUUUAAAGAUACACAUUAAAGUUAUGAAUGUCAACACAAA